UACCCUUAUAAAAAUGGCGGAGUGAUUGCUGGGUUUCUCGAUAAGCUCGGGCAUUGCUCGGAUGGGAACAACUAGGGUUUCGGAACGCGAGCUCUCGCUUAUCGAUUGCCUUCCGUCGUCUCUUUUCUCGGGUGGAUUAAACUGGGAUUUAGCGACGAAAGAAGCGCGAUUCCCCACGGCUUUUGCGACUUUGCGAGCUUAGAUCCUCGCUGUACCUUGCACCCAAUCGCAGUUGCGCUCCUCGGGCACUGGGGAUAUUGCGGAGAGGAGGAGAUCGAGGUACAGAAAUGAAGGAUUAUGGUCUAAAGCGGUUGUAGUGGCCUGGGAAAGGACGGUUUUGGUCUCGUUCGGAGUGAGUAGAGAGCAGCAUUUGUGUGACGAGCCGUCCGGAGGACAAUCGGGGAGAAUGGAGGUCGAUCCCAACUUGGCUGCUUCGAAUCGGGAGCUGGAGGUGAGCUUGAGUGGAGAUUUUUGGGUCUGUGGUAGAUCUGGAUGGUUUUACACGCAGCAGCAUUAGAUCGGAAUAAGCCUGUGCUGCUUACUGCCGUGUUGCAGGAGGCAACGCUGAUUUCUGCCCGCCCGGUGACCGCAAGCUGCAGGAAGAGAGAGAAGAAAGCCGGGAACAGCCGAUCGCCGGAUACGAGUGCGAUCUCGAGCGUCCAAAGGUCUUGCUUUUUCACUCCGUUUCAUUUUUUUUUUCCGCAAGUAUUACUGCGUCUGUCAGCUCGCCACCAGUGCUAAUUGCGUUUGCAAAAGGACAUCCUUCCGCUGACUCUCAGAAAUCCUAUAAGGCCUAGAGCUGACACACCUCCGCUCUUAGUCGCCCACCGCUUUUCAGAAAGGAGAUUAAGGAGCGGCCAGGAAGGCGGUAAAGGUCGGAUCUUGGGCCCAAUAGAGACACUAGAACCAGAUGGAAGUGGAGGAGAAUAACCAAGGCUGUAAGAGGACACGGGUGGUGGCGGGCAACGGCAACAUAGCCGCCAAGAUAGGGCACAAAGAGCACCAGGAAGAGGACGAAGAGGACGGCGAGAAGAAGGGCAGAGGAGUCGCCGCUAGCCGCAUCCCUCCAUGGCAGCAGCAACCGUCGUCGAGGAUCUUCCGGGUCUCGCGGGCCACUGGCGGGAAGGAUCGACACAGCAAGGUCUACACGGCGAAGGGCCUUCGAGACCGGCGAGUGCGCCUUUCCGUCUCCACUGCCAUCCAGUUCUAUGACCUCCAAGACCGCCUUGGUUACGACCAGCCGAGCAAGGCUAUCGAGUGGCUGAUUAAGGCUGCGGCGGCCGCUAUCAAUGAGCUACCUCCCCUCGAUGCCUUCCCGAAGUUGCGUCUUCCCGACGGGAAAGACGCCAUGAAGGCGGAUCCUGAUGUGGAGCCCAGCUACAACCAUAGCCACCAGCAGCAGCAUCCGUCGACCAAGUCGGGGUGCAGCAGUACCUCGGACACCAGCAAAGGCUCGGUCUUGUCACUCUCGCGCUCCGAGAGCCUCAUCAUGGCCCGAGAGCGGGCUCGAGAGCCAGCGUCCAAGGAUAAAGAGAAGGAUAGAGAUGACGGAAGCCGCAUCGUUGUCUCCGCCCACCAGAAACUGAACCCUCAGACCUCUUUUACGCAGCUUCUCACUGGCGGUGGCAGCCGCCAUGGGGGAAACAAUGACGCAACCGCUGUCGCCACAGUUGGCGAUCAUUCCAGUCACAAUUGCAUUCAAAAGCAAGUAUCAACGGCCGAUUACUUUGGCAAUGCUGUUCUCUUCCCCCAAUCUCAGAAGAGUCAGCAGCUGCCUUCAGGGUUUUCCAACCACUCUCACUUGGGAAACAUCUCUCCCAUGGGAAUGCUGCCUUUUAACAUUGCAGGCACCGGCGACCACCAAGAAAUGCAGCAGUUCUCUUUCUUGCAAGACCAUUACUUCCCAGUCUCCGCGGUGGCGGCGACAGGGGACUACAACCUUAACUUUUCAAUUUCGUCAUCUGGUCUUGUGGGUUUCAACAGGGGGACCCUUCAGUCCAAUUCACCAGCUCAGUUGCCUCAGCAGGACAGCCACAGUCAAAACCACCUACAGAGGCUCUCUUCCCCGGUUGACGGUUCGAACCUCCAGUUCUUCUUCGGCGCUGGGGCAGGCUCGGCUACUCCUAAUGCUGAUGAUCAAUUUCCAGCUGGGUUCGACGGCCGUCUGCAGCUAUAUUAUGGCGAAGGUUAUCGGCAAUCGAGCCUGAAGGGAAAAGGAAAGAGCUGAACAAUCAGAAAAAUGAUGCAUCGUGCAAAUCGCUUUGCUGGAACGAAAAUCAACUCGGCAUGGGGACUCCAUUUCUGUUCCAACAACUGCAUUGCUUUUUUCAUCGAUGACCCGGUAUAUCAUUGUUGCGAUGCUUUUAUUACUUAUUUUUCAUCGAUUUCAUCUUUGUAUGCGUCAAGAGAGAAACCUCGUCACAUAUAUGUCGAGCACUCGUAUUUUUAUUGCUUGUGUGUGGACAUGAGACUAUCUGAGUGAAUGAAGUUUGAGAAUUUUGUUCUUCUUUA